CUGCACUGAAAGAAUGUAAACUAAACAAAUUUAUCCAGCAUGCACAUGUCUAUUGCUUACCUCUGUAGUUGUGGUAUUCCCGCCACCAUUGUAUGUCGGCAGUCUCUGGUCAUCUCCUGUACUAUGUCCGUAGUCUCUGGUCAUCUCCUGUACUGUGUCCGCAGUCUCUGGUCAUCUCCUGUACUAUGUCCGCAGUCUCUGGUCAUCUCCUGUACUAUGUCCGCAGUCUCUGGUCAUCUCCUGUACUGUGUCCGCAGUCUCUGGUCAUCUAAUGUACUGUAUCCGCAGUCUCUGGUCAUCUCUCUGUACUCUGUCCGCAGUCUCUGGUCAUCUCCUGUACUAUGUCCGCAGUCUCUGGUCAUCUCCUGUACUGUGUCCGCAGUCUCUGUCAUCUCCUGUACUGUGUCCGCAGUCUCUGGUCAUCUCCUGUACUAUGUCCGCAGUCUCUGGUCAUCUCCUGUACUGUGUCCGCAGUCUCUGGUCAUCUCCUGUACUAUGUCCGCAGUCUCUGGUCAUCUCCUGUACUAUGUCCGCACUCUGUCAUCUCCUGUACUGCCGCAGUCUCUGGUCAUCUCAUGUACUGUAUCCACAGUCUCUGGUCAUCUCCUGUACUCUGUCCACAGUCUCUGGUCAUCUCCUGUACUCUGUACUAUGUCCGCAGUCUCUGGUCAUCUCCUG